AUGGUUAUAUCAUGGAGGAACCAAGGGUAUUUGAGGUUUGUUGAUGGUUUAUGCAGAAAAAUGCCAAACGCAAAAAUGGAGAAUGAGAGAAAGAAAGAAGAAGAAGAAGAAGAAGAAGAAGAAGAAGAGGAUAAGGAGAAGGAGAAGGAGAAAGAAGAUGAAAGAAGAAGAAAGAGAAAGAGGAGAAGAAGAGAAGAGAAAAAGAAGGAGAAGGAGAAGGAGAAGAGAAGAGAAGGAAAAAAGGAGGAGUCGGAGAAGAGAAGGAAAGAGAAGAAAAGAGAGAAGAAGAAGAAGGAGAAGGAGAAGGAGAAGGAGAAGGAGAACAGAAGAGAAAGAAGAAAAGAGGAGGAAAGAGAAAGAAGAAGAAGAAGAAACGAGAAGAAAGAAGAA